UGUAGAAAAAAUUUAACUAAAUAAAAAAUAAAUUUUCGAUAACUAAACCUCAGAUUCCAAAUUAAAUAUAUGGCUUAUUUAGAUAACUAUGUAGAUGAUUUUUAUAUCCCGAACUCUCCACCAAAAAGCAUAUCAGAAGAUGAAGAAACUGCAAAUGUAGCUGACCAGCAGUUUACAAGCCAUGCUGUAGAUUUUGAUCCAACUCUCUUAAGCAAUUAUAAUCCAAAUGUUACUUCGCACUCUACAGAAAAUAGCAUUUCGGAAUAUCGUGAACAGAUGAAUACUACCCUUACAGAGCUUACAAAACCUGACAUUGCCAAUAGCCCAACAUCGCUUGAGAUCAAUGAUUUAUUGCAAAAGUACUCAAGUCCAAAGGAAGAAUUUUUUGGUAUAUUCGAACCGCGUUUAAAAGCAGUAGACGUUGACAAGUUAAUGUCAAGCUACGGUAAUCCUUCGAACUUGCCAACACCUAAAGAAAACUUAAAAAAAUAUCCCGAGAUACCGAGAAAAAAAGAAAAUACUGUAACAUAUGAAAAAUUAUGUGCAUAUAUCAACCAACAUGUUCAUACCACUACGGACGGCCGUGGUACUAAACAUGCAUAUCACUCCUUGAAAAAUAAGCCAAAUGUAGUCAACUCUAUCAAUUAUGCAAAAGGAGUUCGACAUCGUAACAAUAUUCCACCUCAAACAAAUACUUUAAGCUAUAACAAUGCAGUUCCAACAAGGAAAGAAUCCAAACACAUGUAUGGAGAAUUAAGAGCAAACAUUCAUGAACGUGAUGUUGGAGGAAAGGAGCAUGAAAAUAGAAAUUCGUACAAUUCAUUAAAAAAUAGACCAGUUGAUACAAAAUGUUUCACUUAUGCAAAACAGGCAAUAUAUCUAACAACAUUUGAUAACAACACUCCAUCUCAAUCUAAUAUGUUCAACUAUAACAGUACAGUUCCGACCAGGAAAGAAUCUAAACAUAUGUUUGGAAAAUUCGGUCCAAAUUUCAAUCAACAUGAUGUUGAAGGAAACGAGCGUAUUGAUACAAAUUCUUUCAAUUACCCGAAAAAAAUAGAACAGCAUAACAACACUCCAUCUCAAUCGAAUAUGUUUAACUAUAACAACACAAAUCUGAGCAGGAAAGAAUCUAAAGAUAUCUACGAAAAAUUUGGUGCCUGUAUUAAUGAACUCAAUUUUAUACAAAAAACACGAGAUACUACAAAUUCUUUUCAUUACCCUAAAAAACUGGAAAAAUAUAACAACAAUCCACCUAAAUUUAAUAUGUCUAAAUGUAAUAACAAAAUUCUGAAUAGAAAAGAAUCUAACGAUAUUUACGAAAAAUUUGGUGCCUGUAUUAAUGAACUCAAUUUAAAACAAAACGCACGAGAUACUACAAAUUCUUUCCAUUACCCAAAAAAAUUCGAAAACUAUAACUCUCCACCUAAAUUUAAUAUGUUUGACCAUGGGAAUGUGAAACCGAUCAAGAAAGAAUAUAAAGAUACAUAUAGCAAUGAACUUAAUUAUAAAGGAAAUGAGUGCGAUUCUACGAAUUUUCACAACUCCUUCAAUAACGGAUAUGACAUAAAGAAUCCGUUUAAACGUCAUAAAGAACAAGAACAACUAACGAACGAUCCAUCAAGAUUUGAUGCUCUCGAUUGCAAUAAUGCUAAUCCAAUGAAAAAAGAAUCUGGAGAUAAAUAUCAAGAGUUAAAUGUCUUCACGAAUCAACAUAAUAAUGAAGGCAAAAAUAACCUAAAUACUACUUCAACCAUUUCUUUGAGAAAUAUGAGGUUUAUAAAAAAUUCCUUCAAAUAUUUAAAACAAUUUGAAGAGCAAAACAGCAAUCUUUUUAAAUCUCAUACUCCGGAUUACACUGAUAGAGAUAUGAAGAACGAAGAACCUACGAAAAUAUACGAUCAAUUAUGUACUUAUAGUAAUGAACGUAUUGUUGGUGGAAAAGAACCGCAUAUUUCGAUGUUGCAUAACUCAAGAAAUGAUUGUCUCUACAAUUAUCUGAAAAAAAUAGAGCAACUAAGCUAUCAGGCAGUCAGCUUUGAAAUGUUGGAUUACUGUAGACGUUUUGUUGCGCCAAAUAUUUAUGAUCGUUUAUUGAUUAAAUACAAUCUGAUGAAAAUUUUUUCCAGGCAUAGUUUAAAAAAUUAGUUAUGAAAGCAUUAAUCUAAUGUUAGCCAAUUUGAAAAUUAAAAAUAUAUCCUAAGUAACAACACUCCGAAAAUAUUACUAUAUGUUCAAAUCAUU